AUGACUUCCGACCCCCCAACACCAUAUCUGGACGCACUUCGCAAUGAUGGCUUCGUCAAGAUACCCACCCUGAUAUCGCCACAACUACUGCAUGCCCUAAGAACAGCUUGUGAACAUACCACAGAUUGUGCACGGCAAGGCCAAUGGCCCUAUGUCCGAACCGUUCCAAAACAAUAUCCACCCUGGCAUGAGUGGCAGCCUGGUGACAAUAUCUGGGGAGUCCAGCAUCUUCUCCAUCCAGACAUGAAGACUAGAGAUACCUUUGCGGAACUAUAUUUCUCUGACGAAAUCCUUUCCAUUGUCAAAGAGCUGGUUGGACUGCAAGACGAUCCACAAGGCUAUGACAAGUUAGUCAUGGAGCUUUUCAACCUGCUGGUAAGUCCUGCCGAGCAACAGGACUUUGAACUCUGCUGGCAUCGAGACGAUGUUCGACCGGACGUGUCACCAGAGGAGGAAGAACGGCAGCUCAAGGAGAAAAGUCCCAAUGGCCGGCAGUUGCAUGCGCAAUACAACAUUGCAUUGUUCGAUGAUGCGUCUCUUCUCGUCGUCCCAGGAAGCCACCGGCGUGUACGGACCGAGACUGAAAGAGCUGCGGCUCCCUUCGAGGCUAACUUACCUGGUCAACUCGUGGUCGAAUUGGCUCCUGGCGAUGCAGUAUUUUAUGACAGCAACAUCCUUCACCGAGGAAUAUAUAAGGGGAUUGAUGCGUCUCACGAUGUAGGUCGGAUGACACUUCACGGUUCCGUGGGGUUGGCAGGUCAUGGGACUGAGCGGGCUAGACAAGUGCUGCAGCAUGCUGUUGGUGACUGGGUUGAUAGAGCAAAAUUCACCUUGGAUGGGCCUAAAGCUGAGCGAGCCGAGGCCAUGCGACAAAGACUGGUCGCGAUGGGGAGAGGGAAGGAUCUGGGUUAUUCGCUGGUCGGGUAG